GCUGUGCGGGAGUCCGUCUGUGGAGUGCAGCUCCGAGUCAGUGGCAGUGAUAGGUAUUUAUGAUAAAUUAGCGACAAUUAUGCCCGGCGCUAGCGAAUCGGAGGUAUUUUUAUACUCACUGCCAAGGCUUGUGUUUACACAAGAAACGGUAGGAACAGUCGGUCUACAGCUCCAUCAGUAACCCUACGGCCUCCCCACGCUGUGCAGCCGGCACAAUCCCGACAAACUAGUGAUGUAUGGUCACGUGACCCCUGUUGUGUGCGCGCUGACCAGUAUACUGGUCAUGGCAACGUGUGUCCGUGACUGCUCUUCACCCCAGACUAACAUGGAGAGCUACAUGUCUCGGCUCGAGAAGUUCAAGGCAACACAGGUUAUCAAGAGCAGAAUUCUUGGCGGACUGGGUUACAACGACCGACCAUUUUCUGCUACUUCACCUAUAAGGAAGGUGUCUGCAUGUAAACUGUUUAACAUUAUUGAUGAUGAUGAUGACACGACGACCGACCCACCAAGGGGAGAUUACUACGCCGAACUACUGGAAGUUAUCAGCUUUUCAGAACCGGCAGAAAGCUUCCGUGACGAGAACAUAAUACAGUUCAAAGUGGUCCGAGACAGUCAGGGGAGGAAACUCGAAGUGAAGAGUGCCAACGUUCUGGUGAAGCUUAGGUACACACGUUCAAAAAAACGAGGUCGGUCAUCUUGUAGGCAAAAGAACAGACGCUCUAACUUAAAAAAGAAACCACGAAGGUCAAGGUGUAAAUUAAUAAUUGUGUUGUCGAAUGUUAGUGAGGACGGAACUCCCGGUGAAAUAGUGACGACACUGAGGGCGGAUGUAAAGAAAACACAUUGGUUUAAACUAGGAAUUCCAAAACAACUUGUAGAAAAUGCAAUGCUUUCAGAAGAUCAGAUUAUAAGACUGCAUGUCCAUUGUCGCGGGUGUGGACGGCAUGUGCAGCUCGUUCUUGUUCAUGGAAGUAGGCGACGGCGAAAAUCAAAAGGAGGCAAACGGAAGGGAUCCAUGCGAGUAAUGCAACCCCGUAAACGACCCAAAAGACGCCUGAGUCAGACACGGCCGUUCUUGAUCAUGCAUACUAAGGUAGAGACAUUCAUUCGGUCCCGACGCCAAACUUCAGGUGACGAAGGUAUAUGUACUGGACGGGAUAUAUGUUGCAAGUCAGACUUACUGUUCAGUUUUCACGAAAUAGGUUGGAGCGACUGGAUUUUGUAUCCUGCCGCAUUCACCACAGGAAUAUGUUCUGGAGGAUGCCCAGUCGUGCAACGCGGGUUACAUGACCAAACAACAUCGGACAGUACCAACUGCAGCGCCAUCCAAACUGCGCCAUUGCGGGUGAUGUACUAUGACACGAGCGGGAAUAUCUUGACGAGCUCGCUACCUAACUUGAUAGUGGAGCGGUGUGGGUGUCGCUAAACACUUAUAGCCCAUCUACUCGUGCAAUCUCAUAUCUUCCACGGCGUCACGAACAAUUCAGGUUGUGAAAAGUCAUAUGUUAUCGCCAAGUUGUUUUGAAGUGGAUCUAGUUUGUAAGAAGAAAAGAGCGAAGAUAGCUACAUCCGCUGUGUAAGUGCUGUACCAUUAGUCUAGUUGUCACGCAUAGAGUGAUAUUUAGGCCACAUGCUACUUAUUCGGCUGCUUGAACAAUAAGUAGUUACAACGACGGCUUUCCAAUGGCCUCAUAUGCUGCGACAAACACACGAUUACUGACAGCAGACCUAUGUCAAAGAUUACGUUUCCUAUGACACAUUUAAGCUUCUAUGAGUGACAAAGAAUGACCUAAAGUUGACACAUUAGAGAUCGUACAACAGAUCUUCUCAACGACGUCCAGUCAACUGUUGUAGAGCUAGAAGGUCCCAACUGUUGGUUGCCACGGCAAUGGGAAACGAACGCCAUGAAAUAUCCAAUCAACUUCUAAAUACGACAGAUGAUAUCGUUCAACAGCGACAUGUUAGAUUGUUAAAAACAUACUUCCAACAAAUAUUAAAAAAGUAACGCUGUCAUCUUACUUACGCCUCACACACAAGGCCUCAUUGUGGGUCUAGAUCUACUCCCGUGUCAGAUCUCACACUUGAGGCCUCCUGCCUCCUGACACAUCACAUCUAAUGUCUUCUUUCGUAUCAAUAGUCGCACUUUAUGUUCAUUUCGCCUCAUUCUCGCCUUAUUUUAAUCCGAAUUAUUCUGACGUUUUAUCGACUUUUUUCAUAUCGGUCUGUCGUCGAUUAACGUCAGAAC